AAAUAGAAAUCAUAAGAAUACAUAUAUGUAAUGCAAAGUCAUGGUAUUAUCAUUUAUACUCACUUUGGUUGUUGCAAACUUCCUAAGUAUGCAGUUUGGAGAAAGUUAUAUAUAUUUGGCAUUUCAUCAAAAACUUGUAGUCCAUUCUCCACCGGAAAACGUUAUGGGUUUCGACACGGAAUCCUCGGACCGAAUUACACAAGAAGGAGAAGAAGCUAAUGUCGGAGUUGAGAAUCAACCAAGAGAAGCACCAAAUUCAACAUCUCUUGAUCAGCUACAAACUAUCAAGACACGAAACUGGUGGAUUUGGAUCUUUGUCUCUUCGGGUUUGGUCGUAACAGGACGGGUUUUCUCCACCCUUCUUCUAAACUUCUACUUUGUUCAAACAGGACGAGAUGUUUGUGACGACCCAAAACAAUUUAAAGGCACAUGGCUUCAGUCCAUGGUCCAAAACGCUGCGUUUCCAUUUACAGCCUUAUUUGCCUUUUUAUGGUGUUCUUUAUCUUCUAACCAUAGAAAAACUACCACUUCUUCUGCUUCUUCUUCUGGCAAACUCUUUCUUCUUUACAUAUCUCUCGGGGUCCUCUUUGCUGCUUAUAGCCAACUUUAUGCAAUUGGAAGAACACACUGUAUCUUCUUCUUUUGGAUCUUUACAACACAAUUGAUCUUGACUUCCAUGUUUACAGCAAUCAUCAACAAACACAAGUUCAACCGUUGGAUCAUAUUAUCAGUUAUACUUUCUGGAGUUGCCACAGGCGUCACAUCUUCAGAUGAUGCCUAUAAUCCCUGCGAAGGUGAGGGCUACAAAAUGAGUUACGGUGCGUGGUGUGGCUUCUUUGGCACGGUAGCCUUCUCUUUAUCUCUAUGCAUCAUGCAAUUAGGGUUCGAAAAAGUCAUACCGAAGACAGAGAGUAAAGUUUCCUCGGUGAUGUUGAUGCAAACAUAUGCUUCAAUGAUUGCAACGUUGAUAUGUUUGGUUGGACUAUUCGUUAGCGGUGAAUUCAGAGACAUCAAAGAAGAUUUCGAGACAUUUAAGAAAGGGAAACCACUUUACGUUUUGACUCUAACUGGAUUAUCACUUGCCUGGCAAGUAAUGUCUAUAGGGCUUGUGGGUCUUGUGUGUUUGGUUUCUACUCUUUUUUCUAAUGUUGUCAGCUUCUGUGCAACCCCAUUAGCAAACAUUCUCGUUGUGGUGGCAUUUCGGUUUAUAGAUGAUGACAUUGAAUGGUUUAAGGGAGGAGCUUUGUUAGCUGGGAUACUUGGUUUUGCAUCUUACGCCUAUUCCUUGUACAAGACUGUUAAGAAAAGGGCAAGCCAAAGUGAAACACUGAGAGUAUGAUCUAUGUAUGUUGUAUAUGUAUUGUGUUCUGCUCUUUAGUUGUCUAAAUAGGAUUUUUUUUUUUCAUUUGUCAGUGUUUAGCUAUAUUGGAUUGAAAAUGUUGAGCUUAUACUAUUUGGAAAUGUUAUUAAGAGUAAAAUAAAAUUAGUUUAAAUUCACAAAUCUUUUCGUGCCAAAAGUUUCUACCAAUAAUCCCGGCAAGAACAAGUAACAACUCUAAAAUGAUGAAACCUCUUGUUAUCUCUUACAAUGAGAUCUAUUUUUAACAUUUAAUUAGAUUGGGUAAUUUUUCAAAACCUUUUGAAUCAAGUAGUACAAUGAUUCAAAAGGUUCUCACAAUACAAAAAUAUUUUCGCACUUAGGCGCACAGCGUGCUAAGAAAGAUAAAAAAAUUUCAGGAUAGCAAACAUUUUCUAGUAUUUCUAUCUUCAAUGCUAGAUAAUAUCUUCAUGAAGUUGUGGCAAUCUCCACAUAUCCUCAAAUUCUUCAUCACUCUUAACGUCGUCUCAGGACUCAUGUUUAGAAGCCCAAAAGCAAUAGCUAACCGUUUGAUGUGAUGCAUCAAUGCUUUCUCUUUAGCU